GGCCCAAACUAAUUUUCAAUGUAACAACAAAAAAAUCUUCACCCCCUUGACCAUUUUUCUCUCCCUCACUCACCAUUCCCAGACUUGUAGGAGGAGCUAUGGCGGCACCGAUUGUUGACGCGGAGUACUUGAAGCAGAUAAACAAGGCUCGCCGUGAACUCCGCUCUCUCAUCGCGAACAGGAACUGCGCUCCGAUCAUGCUUCGAUUGGCAUGGCACGAUGCUGGAACCUAUGAUGCUCAAUCGAAGACCGGUGGACCUAAUGGCUCGAUCAGGAACGAGGAGGAGUUCAAUCAUGGUGCUAACAGUGGUUUGAAAAUCGCUCUCGAUCUCUGUGAGAGCGUGAAAGCUAAACAUCCCAAAAUCACAUAUGCGGACCUAUACCAGCUUGCUGGUGUGGUAGCAGUGGAGGUUACUGGUGGACCUGAUAUCAGCUUUGUUCCGGGGAGAAAAGAUUCAAAUGUUUGCCCGAGGGAAGGAAGACUUCCUGAUGCUAAACAAGGUUUCCAACACCUUAGAGAUGUCUUCUACCGCAUGGGACUAUCUGAUAAGGAUAUUGUGGCACUCUCAGGGGGUCAUACUCUGGGAAGGGCUCAUCCAGAGAGGUCAGGGUUUGAUGGGCCAUGGACUCAAGAGCCUCUGAAGUUUGAUAACUCCUACUUCGUUGAACUGCUGAAAGGAGAAUCAGAUGGCUUGUUGAAACUUCCUACUGACAAGACUUUAUUGGAAGACCCAGAGUUCCGUCGUUAUGUUGAGAUUUAUGCUAAGGAUGAGGAUGCAUUCUUCAAAGACUACUCUGAAUCGCACAAGAAACUCUCUGAGCUCGGUUUCAACUCGAAUCCCUCGGCAGCUAAAGCAGUUGCAGACAGUACGGUUCUGGCUCAGAGCGCGUUCGGGGUUGCGAUUGCUGCUGCGGUCGUUGCGUUAAGUUACUUUUACGAGAUUCGAAAGAGGAUGAAAUAGAAUGAGGAAAAGAAAAAACCACGAAGGAUUGAUUCUCUUAUAUGACAUCUAAGAAACUAUCAAUCAUCUAUGUAAUUUGUAGUGUUCAUACAAGUUGCUAAACUCUUUCAAUCCACAGCCAAACUUUUUGUUAAAAAAAGUCAACGUUUGGGGAUUGUGAAAACGAUCGUGAUUCAUAACUGGGUUACUUUUCAUUGCAA